AGACAUCUGAUUCCAGUAUCGUCACCGCCUAUCACUAUCUGAGAAACAUCCAAGAGGGGUCAGUGACGUUGGUGUGGAUUACACUGCUUAGAAGAGGCAAGAAAAGGCUGGGUUUAUCCUUGUGAUACCGCAGCACUGCUAAACCCUGGCCUGGCCUUGAUCCAUGCGCGAAUGGCUAGACUAAGAUGCACUGCAACUGAGCCUCGAUUGCUAAUCCGAGCGUCUGACCUGUUGCAUAAGGCCCUAUACCACUGACACUGCCGACUUGGCGCUGUAGCAGCCCCUGUAGAUCGUCACUGUAACCUUCUUUUUCUUGCCUCUUGACUACGGGUACAAAACCAAACAUAAAUCCGCCCAUUUUUUCUAGUCUGUUCGUCUGUCAGUUCACACCUCACAGCACAUACUCUUAGCUAUGCACGUACAAUCACUUCUGCUGGCUUCUGGCCUCGUGCCUCUGGCCGCUAGCCAGGGCUGCCCCUUUGCCAAGCGCGCCACAGACACUAAUCUUGUUCCCCCGAGAGAAAUCCCCGAGGACUUUGGCAUCUGCCGCGUCGCUAGCAACCAGGCUGGUGGCGGUACCCGAUCCAGGGACUUUUGGCCUUGUGCUUUGAGAUUGGAUGUCUUGAGGCAGUUUUCGCCUCCGUAUAACCCAUUGGGUGCUGAUUUCGACUACACUGAGGCUUUCAAGUCUCUGGACUUUGCUGCUUUGAAGAAGGAUCUCAACGCGCUUCUCACUGAUUCUCAGGAUUGGUGGCCUGCUGACCAUGGUAACUAUGGCGGUCUCUUCAUCCGCAUGUCAUGGCACAGCGCUGGUACCUACCGCGCAAUGGAUGGCCGAGGUGGCUCCGGAAUGGGUCAACAACGAUUUGCUCCUCUCGACAGCUGGCCCGACAACCAGAACCUGGACAAGGCUCGCCGUCUGCUCUGUACGUUACACAGCCGUCACACAAACCCCCAAAAUCUAACAAAUCACAGGGCCUAUCAAGCAAAAGUAUGGCAGCAAGAUCUCAUGGGCUGACUUGAUGGUCCUCGCCGGCAACGUCGCCCUCGAGCACAGCGGCUUCGAGACCCUUGGUUUCGCCGGUGGUCGCGCUGACACCUGGGAGGCCGAUGAGUCCAUCUACUGGGGUGCCGAGUCCACCUUUGUCCCCAAGGGUAACGACGUUCGCUACAACGGUAGCACAGACAUUUACGAGCGUGCCGAUAAGCUCGAGAAGCCUCUUGGUGCUACGCACUUUGGUCUCAUUUAUGUUAACCCCGAGGGUCCUGAUGGAAGCUCUGAUCCUAAGGCUUCUGCUCUUGAUAUCCGUACUGCUUUUGGCCGUAUGGGUAUGGACGAUGAGGAGACUGCUGCUCUCAUCAUUGGUGGUCACACCCUGGGCAAGACUCAUGGUGCUGUUCCUGCUAAGAACAUUGGCCCUGAGCCCAUGGCUGCUGACCUUGGAGAGAUGGGUCUUGGCUGGCACAACAGCGUCAACGAAGGUAACGGUCCUGACCAGAUGACCAGCGGUCUCGAGGUUAUCUGGUCCACCACUCCCACCAAGUGGAGCAACCACUUCCUCAAGUCUCUUCUCGGCAACAACUGGACCCUCGUCGAGAGCCCCGCAGGUCACAAGCAAUGGGAAGCCCUCAACGGCAAGCUCGAGUACCCCGACCCUUUCGUCAAGGGCAAGUUCCGCCGCCCCACCAUGCUCACCAGCGAUCUCGCCCUCAUCAACGACCCCUCGUACCUCAAGAUCUGCAAGCGCUGGCACGACAACCCCAAGGAGUUGAACGCUGCUUUCGCCCGCGCUUGGUACAAGCUCCUCCACCGUGAUCUCGGUCCUGUAUCUCGCUACCUUGGCCCCGAGGUCGCUAAGGAGAAGUUCAUCUGGCAGGAUCCUCUCCCUGAGCGAAAGGGCGACAUCAUUGGCGAGGCUGAUAUUUCUAGCCUCAAGUCUGCUAUCCUCUCUGCUGAUGGUCUUGAUGUCUCUAAGCUUGUUUCUACUGCUUGGAACUCUGCUUCCACUUUCCGUGGAACUGACAAGCGUGGUGGUGCCAACGGUGCCCGUAUCGCUCUUGAGCCUCAAGUCAACUGGGUCAGCAAUAACCCCAAGCAGCUCAAGCAGGUCCUCUCUGCCCUGAAGAAGGUCCAGAAGGACUUCAAUUCCAAGUCCGGCUCCAAGAAGGUGUCUCUCGCUGAUCUGAUUGUCCUCGGUGGUGUUGCUGCUAUUGAGAAGGCUGCCCAGGCUGCUGGCUUCAAGGACGUCGAGGUUCCCUUCACUCCUGGCCGCGUUGACGCUACUCAGAACCAGACUGAUCUCGUUCAGUUCGGUUACCUUGAGCCUCUUGCUGAUGGUUUCCGCAACUACGGACAUGGAACUGCCCGUGCUCGCACUGAGGAGAUCCUUGUCGACCGCGCUGCUCUUCUUACCCUUACUCCUCCGGAGAUGACUGUCCUUGUCGGUGGUCUCCGUGCCUUGAACGCUAACUACGACGGUUCAUCCAACGGUAUUCUCACCGAGAAGAAGGGCCAACUCACCAACGACUUCUUCGUGAACCUUCUCUCCCCAGCCUACUCAUGGGCCAAGAAGGACAGCCAGGGUGAGCUCUGGACUGGUACUGACCGUGCCACCAAGUCCGUUAAGUGGACUGCUACCCGCGCUGAUCUUGUUUUCGGAUCUCACGCUGAGCUGCGUGCUAUUUCUGAGGUCUACGGUAGCGCUGAUGCGAAGGAGAAGUUUGUGAAGGAUUUCAUUUCUGCGUGGACCAAGGUCAUGAACCUGGACCGCUUUGAUGUCAAGGCUGAGAAGUAGACCAAGUAGUAGAGUUUCCUCAGUCGCCUUUGACACUUUUUUCUCGAUUUACAUAUUUCUUCAUUAUAUAGUUCAAUUUAUAAAACUGUUCAAACUGCUUUACUGUGCAACAUUUUGAACACCAGAAUUCUUCACCCUCUAAUAUA